AUGAGCGACUCAUCAAAGACAUCUAUCAAGGAAAAAGGGAAGAAACCGGCAGGACACUCGCACCCUUCAGCAGAGGACGUCCUCCAAUCCCAUAAUUACAACAAAGAGCACGUCAAGGAGUUCUGUGGCAGACUCACCACCAUCCCUCCCCCUCGCUCCAGGCAGCAGGAGGAAAAAAGCACGGUUCAAGACCUAAUUCUCUCCCUGACUCGCCAUGACGAAAUCCAAAAAUGGCUUCAGGAUCCCGCGUCGAGGGUCCUCGUCCUCAGCGGAGGAAGCGACCCUAACCAGCUCGCGGGCUGGAGAGCCUUCGAGGGCGAGAUCCCCCCUGUAUCCGGCGUCUCGUUUGUGUCCGCAAAACUGGUACAGUCCCUCCUCGAGCAGGCCACCAGCAGCAGCAGCAGAGACACUAGCACUAGCAACAACGAGACCGUCAUCCCCCUAGCAUGUUUCUGCACUCUGCAGCGCCGCCGCUGGCACGGGACCCUGACGCCGAAAUUCCUCGCGAUGGACCUUCUGCUGCAGCUAGUGGACCAGUACCGCGACUUCGACAGCGAGAAGAUGCAUGCCUGCAUCUACAAUACGGCGACGCUGACGGACGUCUGCGCGCGGUUCACCGAGUUGGUGCUUUCCAUGCGUCCUUGCACCAACAAUACGACGCUGUUCAUCGUGAUCGACGGGUGCCAUGAACUUUUGUCUGAUGAGGGCAGACACCUCUUCCUCCAUGACGAGUGGAGGGUGCUCUUCGCUCACUUCGAGAGAUUACUAUUAUUACUACAUUCUUCUUCUAACCUUGAGAAGAAAGACGAGGAGCGACGGCCGAUGGUAACGGUCAAACUGCUCUUUGCAGGUCCUAACGCAACGGCCUUUCGGCUAUUCACGAGUGUGGAGAACGUGGUCGUCACUCUGGACGAGCGAGCCCUGAGGGAGAUUGAGUGCGCAUGGGGGAAGCGUGUAUAG